AGAGAAGAUCAAGAAAAGCAGCAGAAGGAAGAGCAAGAAAAAACUGUAGAACACACUUCUGUCAAGGAAGCUGACAAAACCAGCCGUACAGGACAACGUCCAAGUCGAAGUGCCUUGUCCAGUCGUAAUGAUCGAAGAUCAGCCAGAAGUCAUCAAAAGACAGAUGCACCAAAGGAGAAUAAACAUCCAUUUGCUCUGUAUGGGUGGGGAGAAAGACAGACAGAUACUGGAAGCCAGAGGACUCACAAUGUCUGUGCUUCUGCUUCAGCAAAUGAAAUUCACGAAUCUGCUCUACGAGCAAAGAACAGGAGACAAGUGGAGAAAAGGAAGCUUUCCCAGAGGCGAGUGCAAUCUGCAGAAGCAGAGAAAGACUGGCAAAUAAAGCCCUCCCCACCAGAUAACCCUUGGAUGACAGAGUACAUGAGAUGCUACUCGGCAAGAGCUCGGUGAAUUUGGAUUCCCUUGGGCAUCUUUGAAAGAGGUUAUGCAUAUCAGGACACUGGUGCAAGGAACCAAACUACUUAUGCAAGGUUUUUAUAGGGAGUUUCCAGCUGUUAAAGUAUUUGCUACAAUAUUUUUAUCUUGGCUACCUACCUCACAGUGGAGUGUAUUGUUGGAGCCAUAACAUUUGAAGAGGCUUUUAGAUAUAGCUACCCAAACUUUUAAACAAUUCCCCUUUUGGGAAUCUUUUUAAUGCUUCAGUUGACUUGUUUUGGAGGUGGGAGGGGGAAACCUUAGCAUACAGAGAGUCAAACACUUUUUUUGAUCUUGGUUAUGAAUAAUCUGUUGUCCCUUUUAAAAAUCCAAGUCACGGGGAGGUGGUGUUGGGGGGAGACUUUUAAGGUGUG